AUGGCAGAGUUCAGCUUCUUCCCGGGCAGCGGGGGUUCAACGGCAUGCACUGAUUACAAAAUCGCUACCGGAGUCUACCAAAGCGUCAAGAAUGCGGACAGCGUUGGAUGGGACGAAACAUCAAGCUUGGUGCAGGUUGCUAGUGACAGCCAAGCUCCAAGUGACGGCAAGGUGUGCGAUCCCGUCGCAUCUCCCGCUGCCGGAGUGAUGCCAGGAUGGAACUACAAUUCUGGCAGCAACAUCGAUCCCACAGAGUACCUUCCUGGGGACAUGGGGGACGAUUUCUCGGGCAAAUCGGCUUUCUCGUGUACACACUGCUUGAGCUGCGGUAGCAGAAACGGCGCAAACGAGAAUUCCGGAAAGUGCUGCGGUUGCGAGAACAUGAACGUCGUCUACUGGGAUAGGGACAUGCCGUCCUGCCCGGAGCGCGACAAGGCCGAACCAGGUGAAAGCUGGCCCGGCACCGUGCCCAAUGCCAAAAGAGAUGCACGGGAUCACACGACGUCGAAUCCGGAGAACAACGGCGACUUUGCGCUGCUCGACAAGCGCAAAGCCGGCACAGCCACCAUGAUGAGCAAAGACAUGACAAUAUGCAAACAAGCCUGGGAGACUGCGGGUGAAUACAUGUACCCAGCCUUUCCGAGACCCGCAGCGAAUCCUUGGGACGGAAUACAGAACGGCAGGUGGGACAGCAUUUCGAAAUACUGGGGAAAUUCGUCGGCAUCAUGCUCGGACUGGUCGGUAACCAGGCUGGCCCAGGCGGACACCGAGUGGGUUAACGGCGCCCUCAUCAGAUCGCCGUACAACACUGAGCAUGUCUUCGAAGGGCAGACCAUCAGUCAAUUUUUCAACUCGUGGUUAGACAAGGAUUAUAUCCCCGGGCAAAUGCCCCCUCCUUCCAACCCUACCCCCAAGAUGCCCUGCGCCAUCAUUGAAAGGACGAUGUUUGACAACUCUUCUGCUUUGCCAUGGACCGAUGCCAAUGGCCAAGUAGUGGGCUUCAUUGAUCUGUUGACGUCAGAGCUGGGUAACGAAGCUCACAAGGACCGCCUGGCCAUUUACAAAAACAGGCCCAACAUGAUGAAAGGCCGGAUGUUCAGUGGGAAACAGUGCACCGACUUCAAAGAGUUCAAGAAGAUGAGCAUGGACGCCCAGUUGCAAGCUACGAAAGAGUUGGAGUCAUGA